AUGUAUAAUUGGUCUACUGGAUUGUGUGAAACCGUCAGAAAUUCACCGGUAGAUGAUGUUUGUUGGAGGUUUUUUUGAUGUAAAUGCGUGUUUAUAUAUUCUAUUUGAUUAUUGCUCGUUAAAGAAGACUUAAUUUUUUUAUUAAGAUGCCGCGGAGUCGCGAUUUUAUUGAUGCGCAUUGGUUCUACAGCAGCGAUGAAGAUUCUGAAAGGUAUAUCGAAAAAUGUUGAUAAUGAUAAAUGAUCGUAGAAGCACGGAAUCAGCCGACGGAAAUUUUUGAGCCGCCACAUGAACCAGAAUCAACGGAAGAUUACCGCGGGCCGAGCAAUUCAAUAAGUUGCUUUCAAAUGUCAACGUUGGUUGUUUUUUUGCUCACUGUUCAAUUGUUCUUUUUUUAUAUGUGCCAAACUUUUUUUGCCCCUUAUGUAAGUAGUUUCAACCGUUUCCGUGUCGGAAGUCCCAACGUUUUUUUAUUGAAAGUUGCCCAACCAUUUGCCUUGACACAACGCGUUUUUUUCUUCUAUUUUUUUCGCAAGUAGCGCUUAUAUCAAUAUGCUUUUAGGCGUAUCUUUAUUGUCUUGAAGAGCUUCUAUUAGAUUGAUCAAUACGGUUUCCUUUGGCAGUGAUUUAGACGUGUCAAAUAUUUAUACGGGUCUUUUACGGCCAAAAGUUUUUUUGCUUCCUCGAAUAUCCUGUUACGUAUACAUAUCUUCAGUUUUUUGCUCGUUGUUUUGUUACUUAUGUCUAUCUGUUUCCAUUGAUGAUCCUGAUUGCUUUUAAUGUUUUCAAUUCCUUUCAAUAAAUUUGGAAACAGUUUCAAACGCAAUGAGAUGAGUUUACGUGUUAACGAUUCGCAUUCAAUAAGGGGUUUUCUCUAUUUCCUCCCGGAGCUAUUUCAGAAAUUUUUCCGUGCCCCCCCCUAAAGGGACCCCUAAAAAUUCGUAGGGGUCCCUAUAGGGUUUCAUUUAGGGGCCCCCUUCAAGGGGCCCUAAUUUACCCCCUAUAGGGCCCCCUAAAACUUAUCCCAGUAGUUUUGAGUGGAGAGUGGGAGAAAAUACCGAUGUCGGUUAUCGAUACUUUGAUGGACUCUAUGCCUCGUCGGUGCCAAGCUGUGAUGAGUUCUCGGGGUUGCGCGACCAAGUACUAG